GUGUAUUUAGUCUGUGUGCUCCCUUUGUCUGAUGUCAGUUGGUCGUCCCUCCCAGUGUAGGUUCUUCCUAGUGGAUUUGCUUUUUUUCUGCAUUUCCAAACCUGCUAUUCCUAAGUCCAUGACUGAUGUAGGGAGAUGGACGGACGGAAGCUAGCUAGCUAGCUAGCCAGCCAGCCUGCCUGAGAGAACCGGACAAAAUGUGGGUCAAGGUGAGAUUUGGUUCAAGUCAGAAAUAUGUGAAGGUGGCAGAGACCGAAGGCGUCUCUGAAGACUACAAUACAUUUAUUCAGAAAGUAAUGGGAAAGUUAGGUCUUCCUGUACAGACGGAGUUGCACUUGACAGAUAAAUCAGGGACAGAGGUGGAUGCAGAUGUGUUUGAGGAACUUUUACAAGCAGGGGACCUUACCAUCAAUGUGUCGACAGACAGGUCUACAGUUGUGCUUCAACAAGAUCUAGCAGAAAUUUCUUUUGAGUCGAAUGUGUCGGACACCUUAUCCUCUGUGCCAUCUGAUGCAACAAUAAUUCUUGAGAAAGAUAAGGGAAUGAAAAGGACCAAGCCAAUCGGAAAUCAGCAGAAGCGAUGGUGAGAGAUAUUUUUCAGUCCAAGCCAGGUGGAGAAAAAGUGUUGCAUGAAUAUGACAAAACGAAGACACUGACGGAUGGUACACGGCGACAUAUGAUAAACCUACUGGUGGCUGACAUGAUUGAAGUUCAUGGGAGGAUCCCACCAACCUAUGUGUGAACAAAAUACGCUCUUGGCAUCAUCACCCUAUUUCCUUACCUCAGUGAUCCUUACUCAAAAAAUGGAUAUGAGCACUUCUAUGAUGCUGACAGUGGAUCUGGUUAUUUGGCCUGGAGGAUAAAGAGAGUCCAGCGCACCACUGCAGUUCAGUCCCGGAGAUGUUCAACCACCACUACCUAUAAAGAUGGUCCGAAGAGCAAGAGGGAUUUUCUCCUAACUGACCAGCAACUGUUUGGCGAGGAAUGCCGCCAGGCAAUCUCUAUAUUGAAGUAUACAACCGAUGAAUCUGUUGUCAAAGAGAAAAUGAGGGCAACAUUUCAAUACCGUCAGACACUAGUUCAAGACCAGCGAAACUCCUCAACAGUCCUGGAUGUUUUCCCACGUUUUCUCGAUACACCCGGCUUGAUUGACCAAGACUUUACCAUGAUGUUUGGAGAGGAGGUUUCUGCCAGAUUCUUGGCAAAAUGGCUCACUUACUUCAAACCCAGGAUCCUGGCAGACUGCAAGAAUUCUAAUGAGUAUGUUGAAGACCUCUUGUCUGGGCAUCAAUCCUCAGAUGAGUCUGGCUGGGACAGUGACCUGUCAAGCAUCCUACUGCUGGUUCACCUACUUCCCCCUACUGCAAAAGGACCCAAGAAGAGUCCUAAAAUUAGCUCACAUCAAGCAGUCAAAUAUGUGAGAUAUUUGAGGAUUGGCGCCAGUGUUGAGAUCUUCCUUGAGAGUUUGGAACCAGGACAGCCCAUCCUCCUGUGUGUCGGUGAACAGAAGAACAACCUCCAAAGAUUCUACAUCAUUGUUGACCAUAAGGCCAUCCCUUGCAAGGCUCAGACAUCCCUGGCAGCUUUCGAUGAACUCUUCAAGGCCCACUUUGUCUUCAGUGUUCACUACCAAGAAUCCCUUAACAGCUUCUACACAUUCAUCCAAACCACUGUGUUCAACAUUGAUGUGGGAAGUACCAAGGAAAGUCCCCGUGUGAAGGAGCUCAGAGCAAGACUGCUGAACACAAGUAUCUGAGGUGACACACAUCCUUGGAUGCAAAUAUGUUGAUUUGUUUUCUCUGCAAGUUACACCACAGAAGUUCUUCGUUGCUUUGUCAGCAUUUGAGAUUUUACCAUGGUUUAUAUCCAGGAAAGACAUUACGUUUGAAAUGUGGACAGCCGGGAUGUUCUUCAUUAUUUUGCACUUAUUCAGGGUUCAAGAAACCCCUUAUUCGUUUGCACCGGGACACUGUUUCAACAAAUACUGUUUACAAUAUGGACACUCAAAUAAUAGAUGAGCCUUCAACUUCUAAUGCAGUCUGUACAGACAUUCCAGUAACCAACAAGGUCUCUGUUGACAAGCAUCAUUUGGUAAACAUGUGUGGUUCUGUUGUAGCACAGUUGCAAUCAUCAGGUGUUGCUGAGAGCACUAUCCAAGCAAUGGUAGGGUCAAUGGAAGAACUUGUAAAUGAUAUUCACAGUCAAGCGAGUGAUGCGGUUCUCAACUGUACUUCAGAGAUUCAAGGAACAGACUUUGAAAAAAAGCUAGACAGUUGUUUUGAACAACUACAAAAUCCUCUCUCAGUCUUAAAUACAGGAGCCAAACGACAGACGUUCUUCAAGGAAAAGUGGGAAAUAGUUGAACCUGUUGAGUAUGUUCUUGGGGUGAGAUUCAAUGUACGUAGAGAUCGAACAACAGGAGUUUACAAUCAGAUCCCUGUAACUGAUACGUUUGUGUAUGUACCCAUCUUAGGAACCCUGAAGUCUAUGUUCAAAAA